GCCGGAGGAGUCUUACCCUAAUGUAAGAUGGUGGCCAGUCUGGCUGUGGAACCCACCGAAAGCUGAGAGACUCUCUCUCAGCCGUAAAGGUCGGACUCGCUGAAGCAAUCAGGCCCGUUUCUGAAGAGUUUUUUCCCCGACUCUCGUUCAGUGGUCUCUCGUGAGGACGCGGCAACGCGUGGAGUCGGAUAAGGGAAAAGCGAGGCAAGGCAGGCGGGUCUUCGAAGUUCUACAGCUUAGUUCCUAGCGCUGAACCUCCUUCUCCCUUAAAUUAUUAUAAACUUUUGCUGCUGUUUAAUAAACGUGAAGAUGUCUCGCAGUCCUGAUGUGAAGGAAGACCCUGUGGAAUGUCCUCUUUGCAUGGAGCCCUUGGAGAUAGAUGAUAUCAACUUUUUCCCUUGCACCUGUGGCUACCAGAUUUGCCGAUUUUGUUGGCAUCGAAUUCGCACUGAUGAAAAUGGGCUUUGUCCUGCAUGCAGAAAGCCAUAUCCAGAAGACCCAGCAGUUUAUAAACCACUCUCCCAGGAAGAACUGCAAAGGAUAAAGAAUGAGAAAAAACAGAAACAAAAUGAGAGAAAACAGAAAAUAUCAGAAAAUCGCAAACAUUUGGCUAGUGUACGUGUUGUACAAAAAAACCUCGUCUUUGUUGUAGGUCUGUCUCAGCGCCUAGCAGACCCAGAGGUUUUAAAACGACCAGAAUAUUUUGGGAAGUUUGGUAAAAUACAUAAAGUUGUCAUCAAUAAUAGCACAUCAUAUGCAGGCUCACAGGGUCCAAGCGCCAGUGCUUACGUAACCUAUAUCCGGUCAGAAGAUGCUCUCAGAGCCAUACAGUGUGUCAACAAUGUGGUGGUAGAUGGCAGAACACUUAAGGCAUCUCUAGGUACAACAAAAUACUGCAGUUACUUCUUAAAGAAUAUGCAGUGUCCAAAGCCUGACUGCAUGUACCUACAUGAAUUGGGGGACGAGGCGGCCAGCUUCACAAAAGAGGAAAUGCAGGCGGGUAAACACCAAGAAUAUGAACAGAAGCUACUUCAAGAAUUAUAUAAAUUAAACCCCAAUUUUCUUCAACUGUCUACGGGUUCAGUUGAUAAGAAUAAGAACAAAGUGACACCACUGCAGAGGUAUGAUACCCCCAUUGACAAACCUUCCGAUUCGCUCAGCAUAGGGAAUGGUGAUAAUUCCCAGCAGAUAUCUAACAGUGAUACACCUUCACCACCACCUGGUUUAUCAAAAUCCAAUCCAGUCAUCCCCAUCAGUUCAUCCAAUCACAGUGCACGGUCUCCUUUUGAAGGGGCAGUAACUGAGUCACAGUCAUUAUUCUCAGACAAUUUUCGCCAUCCCAACCCUAUCCCAAGUGGGCUUCCUCCUUUCCCCAGUUCCCCACAGGCAUCCAGUGACUGGCCUACAGCACCAGAACCACAGAGCCUCUUCACAUCAGAAACAAUCCCAGUAUCGUCUUCUACAGACUGGCAAGCAGCAUUUGGCUUUGGUUCUUCUAAACAACCAGAGGAUGACUUGGGUUUUGAUCCCUUUGAUGUCACUCGAAAAGCCUUAGCAGACCUGAUUGAAAAGGAACUGUCAGUCCAAGACCAACCUUCCCUUUCACCCACAUCUCUUCAGAACUCCUCCUCACACACUACAAGCGCCAAAGGUCCGGGCUCUGGAUUCCUGCAUCCUGCUGCACCUACAAAUGCCAACUCGAGUCUCAAUAGUACCUUUUCAGUCUUGCCACAGAGGUUCCCUCAAUUUCAGCAGCACCGAGCGGUUUAUAAUUCAUUCAGUUUUCCAGGCCAGGCAGCCCGCUAUCCUUGGAUGGCCUUUCCACGCAAUAGCAUCAUGCACUUGAACCACACAGCAAAUCCCACCUCAAAUAGUAAUUUCUUGGACUUGAAUCUCCCGCCACAGCACAACACAGGUCUGGGAGGGAUCCCUAUAGCAGGGGAAGAAGAGGUGAAGGUUUCGACCAUGCCACUGUCAGCCUCUUCCCAUUCAUUACAACAAGGACAGCAGCCUACAAGUCUCCACACUACUGUGGCCUGACAACAGAACUGAGAGGAGAGGAUUAGACUCUGGGGUGCUUGCAUGGGCAACCGGAUUUUUGCAUGAUUCCUUUCUGAUUUUGCAUUUAAUGUAUACACCCAAAAGAGCCAAUAUAAACGUUCCUCAUGCCUACAACUAGUGUGUUACCUCGUAGUUGCUAAAGUAUUUCUUCAUUAGGCCUUUAACACAAUUUAUUAGCAUAAUUUUGGCAUUGUUUCUCAUGAGUGAUACUAUUUUUUAACUCACACAAAUAAACGUGUAGUACUAAUUAAGAUCCCAGAUGAGAUUAGCUAGAAUUGUUAUUUUGGCUCUAUUAUUGAAAAUAUUCAAAGAUAAUGGUAGUUCCUUGUUUUCUGAUUUGUGAAAAAAUGGUAAUAUCCUAAUAUAUUCAUGAAAAUUUGAAAAUUAAGAAGAUAAUGUCUUGCAUUCUUUGAAUACUUGAGAAGAAAGAAUACAUAUAAAACAAAAUUGGUGGUGUCAUUUAAUGCUCAGAAGGAUGUUGUCAGCAAUUGUUUGUAGUUGUAUGGAUUUAUCCUAUAUUAUGCAUUACAUGUUUAGAAACUGUCUUUGUUCUCUCUCAUUUGCACAUUUGCACUUUCUUUUUGAAUGGUUGUUAAUUAUAUAGAGACGCUUAAGAGAUAAUUAUUAUAGACUAAAUGCAAUAUAAUCUCUUUUCUAAUGCACUGCCUAGUAUACCAGGAAAUGCCUCAGAAACAGAAUUUCAACUUACAGUUGAUUUAUCAGAAACUUGAAUAUGGGGUAAAUAUUGUAUGUGAGAAGCAACCAUGGUAGUGUAACAUUUUUAUUGGAAAAACGGUAGUUCUCUGGGAUAUUUGUUUGGAAAUUUCAUUGUUUCACAAUUGAAGUGUGAUAAUAAAACUAUAUUACAAGUACCUGACCAGAAUGAGACUAAGGUGGAAGAGAAGAGAUUGGGGAUCCUCUAAAGUUAGGCCAUGCAAGUUGUCAUAGGUAAUUUUAGUUAAUCACAGAGAGUAGUGGUGUACUGUAUUAGGAUAUAAUGUUGAAGUGAUGUUUUGGGAUAAUAGACAAUUUCUUGAAAUAGUUCUAAAGCUGAUAAUGAAAGAAAAUAAACUGAAUUCAGUCCUGAGCAUUAGACAAAAGCUGGUUCAGAAAACAUGACUAUGUUCUGCCUAAAUUAAGCAUCUGGGAAAAAAGGGGAAAGUCAGAUCUCCUCUUGAGAUUUAAAAAAAAACCAUUGUGAUAUAAAAGAUACGUCUUAAUUUUUUA